AUGUCUUCUCAAAAAUCAAUUUUGAAGAAAAAGGAGAGUGUGGAAGUGCAGAAGAAAAACCAAUUAAACAAAUGGUCGAAAGAUCUCCUACAAGAAGCGAAAAAUCGAUUGGAAUAUGAUAAUUUUGUGUUGGAGUGGAUUGAAAAACUCGUUGAUCCUGUUGAUGAACGCACAUUGGAUGAAGCUCGCGAAUUUUUGAGAAAGUCUGAUUACGAUCAAAUUGUCAAGGAGCGAAAACUCGCGCAUAUAUGCGGCUAUCCCGUUUGUGAGAACGCGCCGCGACAACAGACGCGUUAUCGUCUCGAAAACCAAGGGAUGGUGCGUUAUGCAGGAUUGAACUAUUACUGUUCUAAAAAUUGCUUUUUGAAUAGUUGUAGCUUUAUGGUGAAUUUAAGUGACGAGCCUCUCUGGAUUCGUGAACGCGCUCGAGAAAUCUUGCAACAUCGCUUCGAUCCAAAAAAAGAAGCUAAUUUUCAAUCAAAACUGGAAUCCGAAGACGUUGAACACGUUCGCAUGCUUCUUCAAGGACUUCCUGUUGGCUCCAAAGAAGUUAUUGGUGACAUUGUCGAACAUCCCGGAAAUUCAGUAGAGAAAAAUCAAAAGCCAGGUUGA